ACAACAACAACAGCAGCAGCAACCGUUAGCUCUGAACGCAACGUGGGAUGGUAACCUCGACAUGAAAGCGUUUGAUGAUGCUAUAGAAGAGCUCUAUAUGCAUCACUCAAAAGAUUUAGCUAGGGACUCUUUAGCACAACAAAAUCUGAACAAAGAAAAGAUACGAGAAGCUUAUCGAAGACUAGAACAGAAGAUACAAGCACGAGGUCUAUUUAAAUGCAAUUAUUGGAAAUACGCUAUAGAGUCAUGUCGCUAUCUAUCUUUCAUCUCUUUAUCAUUAUGGUUCACGCUAGGUGGAACCACAACAUGGCAUUAUAUAACAGGUGCCUGUUUUAUGGCUUUAUUUUGGCAUCAACUCGUCUUCACAGCUCACGAUGCGGGUCAUAAUGGUAUAACUGGCCGUUCUGAAAUUGAUCAUAUCAUUGGUGUGAUCAUUGCCGAUUUUAUUGGUGGACUCAGUUUAGGUUGGUGGAAAGAUAAUCAUAAUGUGCACCACAUCGUUACCAAUCAUCCUGAGCACGACCCCGAUAUUCAGCAUAUGCCAUUUUUUGCUAUUACUACAAAGUUCUUCAACAAUAUUUAUUCCACGUAUUACAAACGCGUGUUACCAUUUGAUACCGUCUCGAAAUUUUUUCUUAGACGUCAACAUCAUCUCUAUUAUCUCAUUUUAGCGUUCGGUCGUUUUAACCUACAUCGUUUGUCAUUCAUGUAUCUUUUCUCCAAAAAGAAUGUCAGAACGCGAAAGUUAGAAUUAACAGGCAUCGCUACAUUUUUCGUAUGGUAUAGUAGCUUACUAUCUACCUUACCGACUUGGAAUAUCCGAAUGGCUUACUUGUUUAUAUCGUACAUGUUGACUUUUCCUCUUCAUGUUCAGAUUACGUUAUCUCAUUUCGGAAUGUCUACUGAAGAUAAAGGACCCAAUGAGCCUUUCCCUGCAAAGAUGUUACGUACGACCAUGGAUGUCGAUUGUCCAGAAUGGCUGGAUUGGAUACAUGGCGGAUUACAAUAUCAAGCAGUGCAUCAUUUGUUCCCCCGAUUACCGCGCCAUAAUUUACGCGCCUGUGUGCCGUUAGUGAAAGAAUUUUGUAACGAGGUGGGGCUUCAUUACUAUAUGUACAAUUUUACUACCGGCAAUGGUGUGGUCUUGGGCGCCUUAAAAUCAGUAGCAGAUCAAGUAGCUUUUUUGAACAACGUAGCCAAGAAUAAUGCAGAUAUCUGGGCAGGGAAGGAAGGCAAGAAGCUCCAGUCAAGAUAACAAGCCCAUGAUCUAUAACACAUUAAAUGCCGCAAAAUAGAGAAUAUUCCCCCAAUCAGUGCCAAAGAAAAAGAUAAUUAAGCAAAAUUAAAUGCAUGCGUCAGUUAAUUAUCUCUGUAAGUCUUUGCUAAAGUUUGGAGUCUAUUCAUGCUGCCAUAUUAUCCAUUGCUAGUAUCACAUUUGCGACAGAGCUUUUUGUGUUGUUUUUU